AAGCCACAUGUCAGAGGCAGCUGUAUAAAACAGCCCAGAAACCUAGAGUGACAUUUUUUGCCAAAAGCCCAGGCAGCAUGGACCUCACUCUUCUGUGGGUGCUUCUGCCCCUGGUCACCGUGGCCUGGGGCCAGUAUGGUGACUACGGUUACCCAUACCAGCAGUACCAUGACUACAGCGAUGACGGGUGGGUGAAUCUGAACCGGCAGGGCUUCAGCUACCAGUGUCCCCAUGGGCAGGUGGUGGUGGCUGUGAGGAGCAUCUUCAGCAAGAAGGAAGGUUCUGACAGACAAUGGAACUACGCCUGCAUGCCCACGCCCCAGAACCUCGGGGAACCCACGGAGUGCUGGUGGGAGGAGAUCAACCGGGCUGGCAUGGAAUGGUACCAGACGUGCUCCAACAAUGGACUGGUGGCAGGGUUCCAGAGCCGCUACUUCGAGUCAGUGCUGGAUCGGGAGUGGCAAUUUUACUGCUGUCGCUACAGCAAGAGGUGCCCAUAUGCCUGCUGGCUGACAACAGAAUAUCCAGGCCACUAUGGUGAGGAAAUGGACAUGGUUUCCUACAAUUAUGAUUACUAUAUGCGAGGAGCAACAACCACUUUCUCUGCAGUGGAAAGGGAUCGCCAGUGGAAGUUCAUAAUGUGCCGCAUGACUGAUUACGACUGUGAAUUUGCAAAUGUCUAGAUUCGCCACACACCAAAUCCGGGUGGAGGGAGGGAGAGGAGCCAGGAGGCCCGCGGGUGCCCGCACGCGUCAGCACCAGUUGGAACUCCUGUGGCUGUUUCUGCUGCUCUCUCUGCCUCUCCCCGAGCCAGCAGCUGCAACGCCAGCUUCCUGGGCCCCUCUGACUCCUGUCACACUUACAAUAAAAUCCACAAGUAAACAAUGUUUCUCACUUGCACCACGUUCCAUAGCAACUGUUUUAUAUGACUUAACGAUGGCUUCCUCGCACGCCACACGCACAGCGCGCAUGCUCACAGCCCGGCUCUGGAGCGCCGCCGCGGCCUGGCUGCUGCUUUCGCUGCAAAAUGAGCCGCAAGCUCAGCAUAGAGGAGGGCAGGGCUGGAGGGGAGGGCCAUGGAGGUUCCCUACAGCUAAGUCUGGAAGACACACAGGGUUCUCACGAGGGCAGGCCUCCUGCCCUGAGGGGACACGCUUCCACUCUCCCGCUCCACGGGAGCCGAGCGUCCUUAGAAGCCCAAGUGCAGAGCUCUCCACUCUGGAAGUGAGAGGACUGAGAGGUGAAAAGUGGGGAGCGGUGGUGGAAGGAUUUCCUGAAGUAGAAGACGAAUGUCAGCGUACCCAGUAAUGACAAUGAGUGCAGGGGCCAGGAGAGUCUGUGACAGUCAGUCUCAAGCAAGACAAAACCAAGGAAGGAGAGAAAGGUCAGAAGAUGGGACUCGGAUAGGGAACUCGGGGCUAUGAGAGUGGCCAGGUUGCUUUGGGAAAUGGGCAAAGUGGUUUGAGUCACUGGCACCUAGAGGCAGGCUCAGGAUUCCUCAGGCUAGCAUGAGCCCUGGGGCCAGGGGGAGACACUGGCAAAUUCCUCUGUAUUGGUCGUGACUUUCUGGGUGGCAAAGGCUGCCCUGGGGGACCACUUCCCUUCUACGUGCAACUCAGAGGUGUCUUCUGCAGAAGUGUCACUAUUUUUCCUCCUCUGGUGAUGUCUCUGUCCCCAGCCCUUUGUACUCUUCAUCAUAAAAGGAAUAAAACUAUUAACAUUCACUACGCU